AUGGCUGUAAAACGCGGCUAUACCAAGCCACUAAUGGUGGUUAUUCCAACCCUCCUGUCGCUGGUGGGAUUCGUGCUGGCAAUGAUAGCGCUCUUUGCUGGCUCCGGAUCGCAGCAGCGAUCGAUGGAAAACUAUCAUAUCAUUGCCAUUAACAUGUCCACUUUUGGUUAUAAUCUCGUGCCAACUCCAAGUUCUUCCGGUUCCCAGCCCACGGCCACCAACGACGACGGGUUUGGUUGGGACGACAUCCAAGAUGGACUCGACGACAUCGAAGGCCAAAUCACAGACGAGUUAAACGAUAUCGCAAAUGACAUUGCCGACCAACUUUCCCGCGAACUAGGUAUUUCUCAGUGGUAUAGCGUACAUGUCAUGACUGCUUGCGAGGGCAACUUUGCGCCCAAUGCCACUUCGCCGGGUGCGUGGUACAACACGACUAACUGCACAGCGCAGUCCGCAGGAGUCCAAUUCAAUCUCACCGACAUCAUCCAGAGGGAGAUCAAUGCCGGCCCCCUGAACAUCAACGCAGCCGACAUCCCGAUCCCAGACUCGAUCCAGGAGACCAUCGACUACGUCAACAAGUUCCUAUUAGCAACAUUCAUCCUCUUCGUCCUCGGAGCCGGCUUCUCCGGCCUAUCGUUUAUAUCGUGUAUCAUCGUCCUGACACUACGACGCGAAGUCAUCGGGAGAGGAGCUAUCCUCGCCAACAUAGCGCUUACCGCACUAGCCGCCUUGGCACUCGCGGUUGGCGCCGCGAUCGCGACGGCCAUCUCGAAGAGAGGCGCGUCUGAGAUCAACGACCGGGGCGGCGAGUACGGCAUCUCCGCCGUCGAGGGCACGAGGUUUAUGACUAUCUCUUGGGUGGCGUUCGCAGUCAUGUUCGUGGCGUUAGCAUUCUGGACCGUCUCGUGCUGCAUGCCACGCAGGCAGUUCGGAUCACCUACGGCGUACAAGGAAAAGGUACCCCGAACGAGCACGGAUAGCAACCGUGGCUUGUUGGGGAUAUUCCGGCGAAGACACUAG